AUGGGAGGACAAGACAGAAGAUUUGGCAAGCGCAAGACUCAAUUUGCUACCAGACAGAAAAAAUCACAGGGGAAAGAUACAGUUAAGGUUGCAACUGGAGAAGCAGAUUUGGAGAAAGACAAGGAGUCGAUCGGGAUUAAUUAUAACGAUUUGGCGGUGUGUUGUCUUCCUUUCAUCAUCCCAGCCAACCAUCAGAUCAACGAAAGAAAGUAUUCCAAAGACAUUAACUUGAAUUUAUUAUACAAAGAAACAUCUAACCCCAGAUCUCUUUCUUACAAGAGCGCAACUGAGAUUAGCAGACAACACCUAAUGAACGAUUUGAUUGGAUCCAUGCAGAUGCUGGGACUCAUUUCUGAUUCGGCAGAGGAAAAACGGUCCAGAUUUCCUUUAUCUGGCCUGUACUACUCCGAUUCUGAGGAACCAGAUCUGGACGACGACGUGGAUGUCGAAAACCGUCUUGCGCAAACCAGAAUCAAGCACAGCAAUUUAUUUGACCCUAUGGGAACUGACAUGAAGACACAGAAUACAGUGGACCUAGUUACCCACGAAGAUCCUUUCAAUCUCCAAACGAAGAACAUGGGACAGUUAGGUUCAAUGGUGCUUUAUUGA